AUGGAUGAAAGUUGGAGUGAGGGGAAAAGGAGCAUGAACUACAAGGAGGAGGAGGAUGAUUAUGAAGAAGAGGACGAGGAGGAGGAGAGUGAGUAUGGAGAGGAUGGUAGGAAGAAGAGGGUGGUCACUAAUAAGAGAGGGUCCAAAGCUGGAGGCUCAAUGCCACCUUCAUGUCAAGUUGAUGGUUGUAAUGCUGAUCUAAGUGAUGCUAAGCCCUACCACAGGCGCCACAAGGUUUGUGAGUACCAUGCCAAGGCUCCCGCUGUACUCAUUGCAGAGCAGCACCAACGGUUUUGCCAACAAUGCAGUAGGUUUCAUGAGCUAUCAGAAUUUGAUGAAUCAAAAAGGAGUUGCAGAAGACGUUUGGCUGGACAUAAUGAGAGGCGGCGCAAAAAUGCAUCGGAAUAUCAAGCACAUUGA